AUGUUCCACACUCCCAUUGCGCCUCGUGUGAGGAAAAGGUCGAGACCAGCGGAAGCCGGCGCUCCAAGGCGUGAGGGGGUGAAGUUUGAGGAUGUCAGACUGUACCUGGUGGAGAGGAAAAUGGGCUGCAGCAGGAGAAGCUUUCUGACCCAACUGGCUAGGUCAAAGGGCUUUAUUGUGGAAGACAUCCUCAGCGAUGUGGUCACUCAUAUCGUGUCAGAGGACACCCAGGCUUCAUCUCUGUGGACAUGGCUCAAGGGGUGUGAGCUGAAGAAUCUACCCAGUGUGCACGUGUUGGACAUCAGCUGGUUCACUGACAGCAUGAGAGAGGGGAGACCUGUUGCUGUGGAGACCAGACAUCUCAUUCAGGACAUCUUGCCCACAUUUCCAGGAGGUCCCACAGCCACAGUCUCUCAAUACGCCUGCCAGAGACGGACAACCACAGAAAACAAUAACAAGAUUUUCACAGAAGCGUUUGAAGUUUUGGCAGAGAGCUAUGAAUUCAACGAGAUCGAGGGUCCGUGUCUGGCGUUCAGGAGAGCCGGAUCUGUCCUGAAGAGUCUGACCUUUGAGGUGCGGAGUCUGGGGGACACCCAGGAUCUGCCCUGCCUGGGGGAACAUACUAAGGAACUCAUAGAGGAGAUCCUUCGACAUGGCCGCUCGUUUGAAGUUGAGAAAAUACUCUCUGAUGAAAGGUAUCAAACACUAAAGCUGUUCACGAGUGUGUUUGGGGUUGGACCUAAGACGGCUGAGAAGUGGUACCGCAGAGGGCUGCGCUCAUUCAGCGACGUUCUCACAGAGCCCAGCAUUCAACUAAACCGGAUGCAACAAACUGGUUUUCUGCAUUAUGAAGACAUCUCCAGGGCUGUCAGUAAAGCAGAGGCCCGGGCCCUGGGGAACAUUAUUGACGAAGCUGUCCAUGCGAUCACACUGGACGCCGUAAUAGCUCUGACAGGUGGCUUUCGCAGGGGGAAGGAGUUUGGCCAUGAUGUGGAUUUCAUUGUGACCACGCCAGAGCCGGGGAGGGAGAGGAGUCUACUACCUGACGUUACUGAUCGACUGGAACAACAAGGCAUUUUGCUGUACUGUGACUACCAGGCCUCCACCUUUGAUAUGUCCAAGCUUCCCUGCCACAGGUUUGAGGCUAUGGACCACUUUGCAAAGUGCUUCCUGAUCUUGCGGCUGGAAGCAAGCAAAGUGGAGGGAGGUCUCAACAGUACCGAGGAGGACAGCAGGGGCUGGCGGGCGGUGCGCGUGGACUUGGUGUCGCCACCUAUGGAUCGUUACGCCUUCGCUCUUCUGGGCUGGACCGGAUCCAGGCAGUUUGAGAGAGACCUGAGGAGGUUUGCUCGAUUAGAGCGGCGGAUGCUUUUGGACAACCACAUCCUGUACGACAAAACCAAGAAAGAGUUCCUGGCAGCUACGACUGAAAAGGACAUCUUUGCCCAUCUGGGUCUCGAGUACAUCGAGCCUUGGCAGAGAAAUGCGUAGGCCUCCGCUCCUCCCCGGCUGGAUGAUACCCUCUGCGUACAUCAGUGUUUAUCCCAUCUGCUUGCUGUUCUGCAGCUCUCCUGUGAUUCACUUUCAAACUGCUUUUGAUUUCCAUACACUUUUGUGUUGUUGUUGCCAUUAUUGUUGUUGUUGUCUGGAUUACAUGCUGCUGUAUGAUUCAUAAUUCUUCUUAUUCGCCAUUGUCUGUUAGCGGGUAAACACCCUCCUUUACCAUUCAUGUCUUGCCUGUCUGUAAGUGUUGUAAUCAUAGGCAGGACACAAAGACAAAUCAGUCAGAGUACGCAUCGCCUGGGGUGCCAUCGAGGUGCAGAAGAGAGAGAGAGAGAGAGAGAGAGAGAGAGAGAGAGACUGAGAGAGACACAAAAGAAGCAAAGGAGGGAAGGGGGUGACCACAGCGAGAGAGGGAGGGUGAUGGAGAAGACAGGAAGCAAAGGGAGACGUGAGGGGGAGGGGAGCUUUUGUUGAGCAAAAUGUUAUAAUCACCCUCCUCCUGGCAGUAAAGUGCUCAGUGGGAAGCUGAGCCAGGUCUCCGGGGAAUUGAGAAGCGGGUAAUGAGCUUCAGAUAGAGGAGCGUUCGGCGUCGCCAUUUAGCCUCCAUUUAAACCUACGUCCACUGGAGAUCAUUUAGCUGGCAUUCCACCAUCCAAAGACCCAAAGCCUCCGCUCUUGUUCCACAAUGAAUCCCCCUUCCCCAGAUGCUCGGCUGAAAUUAGAGGCAAUCAGCUGCACCGGGAAAUCAUGAAGAAUUCAGAUGGAAGGUAAAUGAGUCCACUAACCACAUGGAUGGAUCUUGGCAUUCACAGUGACUCUGGCUCCAGUGCAUAAAACAUCCAUUAUCUUAUUGCUUUGACUUUGCCUUAUGUUUUAUGUAUGAUGGUUGUUUAUCAAGAUUUGUGUCCUUAUUUUUCAAAUGUACGGUGGCCCUGUAGGACAAGCAUCCACUAAUGAACAAACUUUAUUGAUCCCCUGUGGGCACUUUGGGUAAGUCUGACUUGUUUCUCCCAGUGAUGACACAACCUGCCCUGCUGUCCGCACCCCAACCCACUUUCCCAUGAUGCUCAGCCUCUGUUUUAUCCCAUGGUGCCUCAAUGAGAGCAGAGACAGAUGAGAGCGAGGCAUUCUAGUGAAUCACCCUAUUUAAAGAUCUUUAAGUAGAACAGUCCGGCACUUUGAGGACUUGACCCGGGCCCUCCUCCCCCCGCCCUGUCUUCUCUCCCCCUUUUGGUCUCUGUCUUUCUCUCUCUCUCCCGCUGUGCUGUUCCCUCAACCUCGCUGACACAAAACAAACCUUAAAGACUCAGGGUUGCAGUGUUAACCAGGCACCCUGCUCUCCUGGGUUAUCUAAUGUUUCUGCUUUCAAAAAUGGGGGAUGAAGUUUUUUUUUUUUUUUUUCCACCAAAAAAUAGGAGAUCUCUCCAGAGUAAAAUAAAAUCAAGCUGACCUCAAUAAAUUUACAUUUGUCCUGCUCUCUUUUUACUAAUUGUUUUUCAAGUGCGAGUGGGAUUUCUUUCUUCUUUCACAUUAAAUAUUCACUAGUGUAAAGGGAUUUAGAGGCUGUAGCACUCAAUUUAAGAAUUCACACAUUGUUGUUUUGGUCUUAGGGAGCCUUAAACUGUUUAUAAAGCUGAAAAGCAAAGAAUUAAGCGCAGUGUGGCAAAACUAUCUGCUCCAAAGUCCUCCAUUG